CAGACAUCAAACCGUCACCAUGAUGGGAAAUCACAGUUCACUGGCCCCGAAGAAUGGAAUAGCAGGCCCUUUUCUCCUCAACGAAGCUGCCAAUGAGGCCCGACGUCAAAUGGCCGAGUGGGCCGAUCAGCAAGCUACAUUAUCGACAGACUACCUAGUUGAUGCCGAUGGCCAUCGGAUGUAUCGCACGGCAAGCUUACAGCCUUGGGCCAUCCCACUUCUGCUGGCGAUGAAACUGACGGGUCGUAAAUACACCAUGUAUCGGGCCGCAAACCUCAAGUACAUUCAUGCCAACAUCAACCAUCAAGUCUACGCAAUACCGAUCAAUAUCAUUGAUUCUAAUCCCCAUAUUCGUGACCUGGCCACCAGCGCUCCCGUAACACUACUGGUGGGAUGGUAUUUUCAACUGUCCGGAGACGUCCUAAUCAGCCCUGAAAUAGACUAUCUGGUGUUGGAAACGAGAUUGGAAGAGAACCGGUAGGCUGGUUGCCUGAUGACAGCGGGUGGAUAAUGUUUGGUUGCGCGUGGUGCUGUUCGACAACCGCCAUCUGACCUCGCACGUCCCCGAAUAAGGAUAACACGCAUGUUUGAAAAUAGGCGGAUAUGGGCUGCAGAGAAGACCAUAGUGAUCCGUAGCCAAGAAUGGUGCAAAUCCUAUCCAGGCUGGAGUGUUUCUCAGUAGAGGUCCCAAACGGUGUACUGGGGAUCUUACGGAACAGAAUAGCCCGUGAUAUGGUGCACGAUGCAAGGGAGGCAAUAUGGAAUCCAACCGUUUUCCAAUAUCGGAACGGACGUAUGUCCCAUGUGUGUCGUCACAAGCUUAUAACUGCUGGCAUCGUUGAUGGCAAACGCGGCGAGCUGAGCCGACGUUUGACCCCCUAACGCAAUCUUUGUUAGCUUAGGCGACAUGAGGAUUGCUGCAAGAACAUACCGAGAAAGAAAAGCUCCCAGCUCCGAUGUCCCCAUCCAUUUUCGAACAGUGCUGCCAUACAGCGAUUGGCCCAGACGGCCCCUCGACGAUACCGCUCUAAAGUCAGGUCACUUUUAUCGGCACCCGUAUAUUGCCUCAUAGUGUCGUUGGUUACUUGAAUGGAAAUACCGGCUUUAAUCAUGACUUCGCAGUAAGAGCAAAACACUAGGUCUUGAAACGUGGCCACAGUUUGGGCAAAAUCUCGGUCGUGGCCGCAGCGAGAGACAA